CCAAAGCAACAUCUAGUCAAGUUAUCGUUUAGUUUAAGUCGUAUCGAUUUUAAAAAUGUUUAUUAAAAGUGUAGUAGCCUUGUGUAUCAUCGGUGCAGCAUGGGGUGCCCCCCAACAAAAAACAGAGUUUUGGAAAGGCACAGCUUUAGAUUCAACGGUAGAGAAGUUGAAACAUUCUUGUGCUGAACAAAACAGCUUUGCAUGCUUUCAGUUUAAGGCUUUUUCGUUUGUGGAUAGUGUCCUUCAUGGGGGUUAUCUAAAAUAUUUUAUGGACACAAUCAAAAUCAGUUCUAAUGGAUACGAAAACGAGGUUUCAAGUAAAAGAUCCGGUGAUUCUAUUGAAGACAGCAUCGAAAACUUUAUUAAAUCUAAGGAUGUAACCUUCAAAGUACCUGUUAUUGGUGAAGUUACCAUGGAUUCUAGAAAACUUGACGAUGAUGAAAUGAACUUUAAACUGAAGUUUGGAUCUGAAGUCGAAGAACGUGGAAAGAAAUCCAAACUGAAGAAAGUAUUUAUUCCAAUCCUUACUUUCAUCCUUCUGAAGGCCAUCACCGUGGUUCCAUUUUUGAUCGGUCUACUAGCCCUUAAGGCGUGGAAUGGACUACAGUUGUCAUUCUUCUCUUUCGUUAUUGCUAGUGGAUUGGCAAUUUUCCAAUUAUGUCAGAAACUGGCUACUGAUUCGCAUGCACCUGUUGUAUUGGAUCAUCCACCUACUUAUCAACAAAGGUCGUUUGAUCAAGAUGCUUCAACACUGGCUUAUUCGGCGUACGCUCAGUAAAUGUAAAAUACCUGAACCACUUAUUUAUAAAUAAAUUAUUUGUGAAUAAA